AUCCAUAAUCGAAAGUUCUGCAUCUUCAUAAACUAUCCCUGGAAUUCGAUGUAUCUGGAAACACCGCUUAUCACCUAAGCCUACUACAUUACACAACUUUUAAGUAAAAGGAGGACAGAAGGACCCAAUGAGCCACCUAAACCAAACACAAGUGAUCAUGUUUGUGUUCUCUGGACUAACACAUAAUGAACAGCUUGCCCCAUUUCUCUUUACUUUUUUCUUGAAUGUUUACCUUGUUUGCGUGGUGUUUAACUUCGGCAUGAUGUUCAUAGUCCUUAAAGCCUCCAACCUCCACACUCCGAUGUACUAUUUCCUUAGUUACCUCUCGUUGGUGGACCUUUUCUACUCCUCAGUUAUAGCUCCGAAAAUGUUGGCUGACCUAAUGUCCAAGAUAAAGUUAAUAUCCUUUUAUGGCUGUGCCGUCCAGUUCUUUUUCUUUGAUGUUCUGGUCGUCACGGAAGCACUUUUACUUUCGUGCAUGGCCUAUGACCGAUAUGUUGCUAUCUGCUGCCCUCUGUUUUAUGUUUCCGUUAUGACCAACAAAAAGUGCUUGAGUCUCGUUUUCCUUAGUUUUUCCAUUGCUUUCUUGCAAUCCGUAAUACAAACCAGCUGUGUGUUCAGUCUUGAGUUCUGUGGCCCAAACCUCAUAGACCAUUUCUACUGUGACGUACCACCACUGCUUCACCUGGCCUGCUCCAGCACUCUCCGGUGUAAUUCAAUAACGUUCUUCUUUGUAGUUGUUUGUGGUGUAGGUUCAUUGAUGCCUAUCUUGGUGUCAUACACUUUUAUCGUUUCUUCCAUUCUACAGAUAAAGUCCAGUCAUGGGAGACAGAAGGCAUUUGGUACUUGUUCCUCACAUCUCAUGUGCGUCUCUAUUUUCUACGGAGCUGUUUUUUUCAUUUACCUCCAUCCUCCCAACAGCGCCCUUCAGAUUCAAGACAAGUUGGCGUCCGUGUUUUACACAGUCAUGAUACCAAUGCUGAACCCUCUUAUAUAUAGCAUGAGAAACCAAGAGGUGAAACGGGUUAUCAAGAAAACACUUCACAUACAUCGCUGAUGUA